AACCGGCAGUGAAAGAGCAGCUGUUGAUUCGGCGAAAGGGCACCUCUGCUGCAGGGAAAACAAUAAUUUUUUAAUUCUCGUCGGCGCUCGUUCGGCCAGACGAGUCGGACGGACGGCGAAUCGAUCGGCGGCCGACGCGCCUCGUCUCGAGAGCAUGUAACGUGAGCUGCAAAGACAGAGGCGCGGCGAAAAGCAGAAAAAUAAACAGAGAAAGAAAGGGGAGAAACGCAUCGGUGCCUAUUUUGUUCGACGUCGUCACUCUCUUUGCCUACUCAAGCAAAUCGCCCAAGUGCGCAUCUCGGCAGCUGGAAAUCGGCGGACGACGUCACGAUGGGCAUCAUCAUCUCCAGGUUUAAGAGGAACGUCACCGUCAAGGAGAGGCUCCAGUCCAUCUCCAAGGACAUAUCGAACAUAGAGGUCUUCAGGCUGCACACACAGCAAAAGCAGAAGGCUGUUGUGGCCCGGGUCGUCCUUUUCUCGGUCCUUGCGCUCAUCUUUGCCGGCAUCUUCCUCUACUUCUGGACCUUGCCCGAGCGGACACUGGACAAAUUCUUGUGCCUAGCACCCUUUUUCAUCGCACCCUUCUUAAUCGUAUUUGUGAAGAGAUUGAUCAACUGGUACUACGCAAGGCAGAUCAACGAUAAUGAAAUUAAACUGACCAGACUGCGCGAGGAGAAGAAAAAACUGCUCGAUGAGGUUAUGGACAAGGAAACGUACAAAACUGCCAAGGAAAUACUUGAACAAUUUGCACCGGAACAGCUUCGGAAAGAGAAUAAUCAAAAUGCUCUUGUUCCUCGAGUGUCGCCCCAACAACAAAUUGCAAGACCAGGAAUGCCAAUGCCAAACCUACAAAGUGCUCAACUUGUUAACCAGGAACUGAGGCGGAGGACGACUACCCCUCAGGUUGGCGGCCAGCCCCAGGGUCCCCAGGGAACCCCUCUGACGAGAAAUGCACCCCUUCCUUAUCCAGCUUUACCUCAAAGACCUGCUGGAGCAAUGCCUGCUGGGCCGCCAAUGGCAAGACCGAUCUUGCCCAGGGAUAGAGGAGUGAUGGACAAGUUGGUCGAGUUCAUCGUCGGAGACGGUCCGAGCAAUCGAUUUGCCCUGAUUUGCAGACAGUGCGCCUCUCACAACGGCAUGGCCCUGCAGGAAGAGUUUGAAUACCUUGCUUUCCGUUGCUGCUACUGCUACUGUUGGAAUCCAGCUCGCAAACAGCGUCCCCCGGCUCCUCUGCUGCCUCUGCCAUCCGCCCCUGCUGAUGAAAAUGGCGGCGAGUCCAGUCCUUCAAGUGAAUCUGAGGCUGAGGAAACGGCACAGGAGGAAAAGGUAGCAGAAGAAGAGCCUAAAGAAGGAAAUGCACCAGAAGAAGCUGUUGAAGAAGUUGAAGUGCAAGAAGUUGAAGAGACAAGCAAAGGUGAGACUGGUGAAGCCGCAGCAAUCAAGGAAGAGCUCCCCAAAGAGGAGGCUGAAGUUUCGAAGGAUCAAACAGAAGCGUCGUAGA